AUGAACUCGCAAGGUCUCUUUGAAACCAGCCCUUAUCACACGUGGACGGGACCCCCUUUUGAAUGGGACCAUACCCCAGCGGUCCAUCUCCCAAACCCACAAAGCUCUGAUUCUGGUCACGCCAAGCGUCUGGCAUCAAGAAGUGGUCAAUCAUUAUUAGAUGAAGAUUACGACCUGUUUGACACCGAAGUGGUGGAUAAGUUUCUGUUCAACGUGUCUGAAUCGAAUAGCUCCAAAGACGAUUACACAAGUUCUGUUUCGUUCUGUGGAAUGCUUGAAGCCGAAGGAACGUCACCACCGGCUACUGGGGCACGGACAAAGGUCAUAUCAGAUACCAGUUCUCCUAUGACUGAAGUCGUCAUUGACAUUCCCGGGGAGCGUCGUCGUGCCCAAAAUCGUGCGGCUCAGCGGGCACAUCGUGAACGGCAGAAACGUUACGUGGCCCAGCUUGAGAAGAGGUUUUUUGCCCUGCAAGCUAACUACAACCACUUGGAUGAAAAAUAUAAGAAGGUCGAGAGAGAACACCAGUCAUUAAUGAGAAUGCUCUCCCGACAAAUGCCAGCAACGCCUCCUGUCGCACAAGCAAAUAUGGAUUCGUUCUUGUCCGUCAGCAGCAAUGACCCAUUGGCGGUCAACGAGUUUCUAUUAUGCGACCAAGAACCUGAGCAAACAAUGGCAGAGGGGAUAGAUGGCGUCUUUUCAAAAGGUUUAGGAGUGCCCUGA